UAUUUCAGUAAGCCAAAAGCCUUUGUUUUUUGCCUUGAUUUUGAGUUGCCACAUCCAAGAAUAUGCAACUUGACCCCUUUUAAAGUUGUUGUGCCAAUGUCAUUUUACUUAAGGUGUCCGUUUUCCAUUAUGCAUACGCUAACUUCCUGGCUUAAGGGACUCCAAGAUGUUUGCUGAAACAUGAAAAAGUUGAAAUGCUGCAAGUUUUCCCUUACUGAUGUUCUACCCACAUGGAGUGCAGCAAAUAGGAGUGGGGGAAGGGGUGAAUCUUGGCUUUGGUGCUCCUUCAGCUAACUUCUAGGCUUACAAUUAGCCCUUCGUAAGUGGCACACUCGGACUCCGUGUAAGCGUGGGAUUUCGACCAUGAGCUCAGUCGCCGUACUUACGCAGGAAAGCUUUAAUGAGCACCGCAGCGGCCUUCUGCCGGAGCAGGUUGGAGCUGCUGUGGCAGGAUCCAGCGAUUCUGUAGAUGAGGACAACCUCCCCACCUACAAGGAUGCCUUCCCCCCUCUGCCUGAGAAGGCUGCUUCACCUGAGGGGCCCCAGGAGGUUGGAAAUGUCUGGAUGUCCAAAAUCAGGCCUCUCAAAUCCUCAAUCAUCACCCAGGUUUUCCAUGUGCCUCUGGAGGAGCGCAAGUACAAGGACAUGAACCAGUUUGGAGAAGGAGAUCAGGCUAAGGUCUGUGUGGACAUUAUGCACAAGACUGGUGCCCACUUGGAACUCUCCAUGGCCAAGGACCAGGGCCUUUCCAUUAUGGUGUCUGGGAAACUGGAUGCCGUCAUGAAGGCCCGCAAGGAAAUUGUGUCCCGACUGCAGACUCAGGCUUCGGCUACUGUGGCAAUCCCCAAGGAGCACCAUCGCUUUGUCAUCGGUAAGAAUGGGGAGAAGCUACAGGAGCUUGAGCUCAAGACUGCCACCAAGAUCCAGAUCCCGAGACCCGACGACCCCAGCAAUCACAUCAAGAUCUCUGGCACCAAGGAGGGUCUGGAGAAGGCCAAGCAUGAGAUACUGCUCAUCUCUGCUGAGCAGGACAAACGUGCUGUCGAGAGGGUGAACAUCGACAAGGUCUACCACCCCUUCAUCACCGGUGCAUACGGCAAGGUGGUGAGCGAGAUGAUGCAGGAGACAGGAGCCCGCAUCAAUGUCCCACCGCCCAGCGUGAACAAAACGGAGAUCGUCAUCACUGGGGAGAAAGAGCAGGUUGCCUUGGCCGUGGCCAUGAUCAAAAAGGUUUAUGAGGAGAAGAAGAGGAAUGCCACCACUAUUGCAGUGGAGGUGAAGAAAUCUCAGCACAAAUAUGUGAUUGGGCCCAAGGGCAAUACCCUGCAGGAGAUUCUGGACAGGACUGGCGUCUCGGUCGAGAUCCCACCCCCUGACAGCAGCUCAGAGACAGUCAUCUUGCGUGGGGAGCCGGACCGGCUGGGCCAGGCGCUCACUGAAGUGUACGCCAAGGCCAACAGCUACACUGUGUCCUCAGUCUCGGCUCCUUCUUGGCUUCACCGCUUCAUUAUUGGCAAGAAAGGACAAAAUCUGGCAAAGAUUACUCAACAAAUGCCAAAGGUGCACAUCGAGUUCACUGAGGGAGAGGAUAAAAUCACACUGGAAGGACCUACCAAAGACAUCCAGAUUGUGCAGAGUCAGAUUGAAGCCAUCGUUUCCGACCUGGUUAGCCGUAUGGAUUAUGCCGAGAUCUGUGUGGACCCAAAGUUCCACAGGCAUUUGAUCGGGAAAGGCGGUGCCAACAUCAACCGCAUUAAGGACCAGUACAAAGUGUCUGUCCGCAUUCCACCUGAUAAUGAGAAGAGCACCCUGAUCCGCAUUGAGGGUGACCCUCAGGGUGUUCAGGAGGCCAAGAAGGAGCUGCUGGAGCUGGCGUCACGCAUGGAGAACGAGCGUACAAAGGACAUGAUCAUUGAACAGCGUUUUCACCGAGCCAUUAUUGGGCAGAAAGGGGAGAAGAUCAAGGAGGUUCGAGACAAAUUCCCUGAAGUCAUCAUCAAUUUCCCUGACCCGGCGCAGAAGAGUGACAUCGUGCAGCUGCGUGGGCCCCGUACUGAAGUGGAGAAAUGCACGAAAUUCAUGCAGAAGAUGGUGGCUGAAAUGGUGGAAAACAGCUAUUCUGUCUCAGUCCCCAUUUUCAAGCAAUUUCACAAGAACAUCAUCGGUAAAGGAGGAGCGAACAUUAAAAAGAUUCGUGAAGAGACGAACACUAAAAUCGACCUGCCUGCAGAGAACAGCAACUCUGAGAUGAUAAUCAUAACUGGGAAGAAGGCAAACUGUGAGGCAGCGAGAACUCGGAUUCUGGCUAUUCAGAAAGAGUUGGCAAACAUCACAGAGGUGGAGGUGUCUAUCCCCUCGAAGCUGCACAACUCCCUGAUUGGCUCAAAGGGGCGUUUUGUACGCUCCAUCAUGGAGGAGUGUGGUGGAGUGCAUAUUCACUUCCCCACUGAAGGCUCUGGUAUCGACUCUGUGACAAUCAGAGGCCCAGCCGAGGAGGUGGAGAAGGCUAAAAAACAGCUGCUCUCUCUGGCUGUAGAGAAGCAAACCAAAAGCCACACAGCAGAGCUCCGUGCCAAGCCCGAGUACCACAAGUUUCUCAUCGGGAAAGGAGGUGGGAACAUCCGGAAGGUGCGUGACAGCACUGGUGCCAGGAUCAUCUUUCCGACGGCUGAGGAUAAGGACCAGGAGCUAAUCACGGUCAUCGGCACUGAGGAAGCCGUGGCGGAGGCCAGGAAGGAGCUGGAGGGGUUAAUUAAGAGCCUGGAUAAUGUAGUGGAGGACAUUAUGAGUGUAGACCCCAAACACCACCGCUACUUUGUAGCACGUCGUGGCCAGGUCUUGAGGGACAUUGCUGAUGAAUACGGCGGUGUGAUGGUUAGCUUUCCUCGCACUGGCUCUCAGAGUGAUAGGGUCACGCUGAAGGGAGCCAAAGACUGUGUGGAGGCAGCCAAAAAACGUAUGCUGGAGAUCAUUGAGGAUCUGGAUGCUCAGGUGACCAUGGAGUGUGUGAUUCCUCAGAAGUUCCAUCGCUCCAUCAUGGGACCCAAGGGUGCUCGCAUUCAGCAGAUCACUAGAGAUCACAAUGUGCAGAUCAAGUUUCCAGAGAGGGAGGACCUGCAGGCUCCCUCAGGAGAGGCCCAAGUACAGGAGAACGGGGAGGCUAACGGCGAGAUCAAGGAUCCAGCGGAACCUGUAGCUCCGAAGAAAUGCGACGUCAUCGUUCUCUCUGGCCGAAAGGAGAGGUGCACGGCUGCUGUGGAGGCGUUGAAGGCUCUGGUUCCUGUGACCAUUGAAGUGGAAGUGCCUUUUGAGCUUCAUCGCUACAUCAUUGGGCAGAAAGGCAGUGGCAUUCGCAAAAUGAUGGAUGAAUUUGAGGUCAAUAUUCAAGUGCCUGCUCCUGAGCUCCAGUCCGACAUAAUCUCCAUUACAGGCCUUGCCACUCACCUGGACCGCGCUAAAGGUGGUCUUCUUGAGCGCGUCAAAGAGCUGCAGGCUGAGCAGGAGGAUCGGGCUCUCAGGAGCUUCAGGUUGACCAUCACUGUGGAUCCCAAGUAUCAUCCCAAGAUCAUCGGUCGCAAGGGUGCCAUAAUCACCCAGAUCCGAACCGAUCAUGACGUCAACAUCCAGUUUCCAGAAAAGAACGAUGAGAACCAGGACCAGAUCACCAUCACAGGCUAUGAGCAGAAUGCUAUAGCGGCACGUGAUUCCAUCCAGGCUAUUGUCGACGAACUGGAGGAGAUGAUCUCGGAGGACAUUACGUUGGACAGCCGAGUUCAUGCUCGCAUCAUCGGUGCUCGUGGCAAAGGUAUCCGCAAGAUCAUGGACGAGUUUAAGGUUGAUCUGAGGUUCCCUCAGAGUGGUGCUGCCGAUCCCAACUUGGUAACUGUGACUGGCCGUCCAGAGAUGGUGGAUGAGGCAAUUGAUCACCUCCUCAAUUUGGAAGAGGAAUAUAUGGCAGAUGUGGUGGAAAACGAGUCCAAGAUAGCAUACAUGAAGCCAUCUGUAUCUGCAGCAGCCAACCCGGAUGAGCCCCGUGGCCCUUCCAAGGGCUUCGUGGUAAGGGAGGCCCCCUGGACUACCAGUAGUGAGAAGGCCCCAGAUAUGACUAGCUCUGAGGACUUCCCCAGUUUUGGUGCACCUGUGACUGCAGCAAAGGCUUCUCCAUGGGGACCAAAGCGUUUCUGAAAUGUUCUGGGAUAUGUUCUGCCUUCUUGAUUUCUUUCCCCCCCCCCCCCCCCCCCCCUCCAAUUCCCCUUGGAUGUGGACUGACCAUUUGACAUCAACCCCAGUAAACCCCUACACACACUGCACCCCCCAGGCCAAACAACAUGUAUUAAAAAUUUUUUUAGAAAUGAGUGGGUGGGGGGUGUGGAAAGCAUCAAAUGGGUGGAGAGACCUUUCCCAAAACCUUUCUUCCUCCAGUUCCAGGAAUCGGUCUGCCUUUUAGGAGCAUGAAAGCAGACAUUUAAUUUUCACUCAGUUUGGUGUCUAACCUGGUCUGCCUCUAGUUUUACCCAGCCAUUAAAAUUUUUUUUGUCUGAUUCAACUUGCUUGCAUUCAGACAAUCGCAUAAUGGAGGAACACACUUGGCAGUGCUUCAGGUCUGGAAUUGGCCAGGCGCAAUGAUUUUAAUACGAAACUGUUGAUUGAACACUUGUGUGUUCUGUGUUGAUCAAGCUGCUCUGUUUCUUUGUUGCCUUUGCAACGGGGUGGGAUAAAAUGUAUAUAUAAAUAUAUACUGUAUACCUCUAAAAGAUGCUUCUGGUAGAAGGUCACUUACCUGAGGGAAAGUGGGUAGCUAUAUAUAUAUAUUUUUUAAAUGCAAUGUCUCCUUCCCCAAGAAAAAUGUAUGUGAUCUUGUUGCAACCCUUUUAGCGGUCUUCCUCUGCCCUCUAUCUAUCUAUCUAUCUCUAUCUAUCUCUAUCUAUCUAUCUCUAUCUAUCUAUCUAUCGAUCAACCUAUCCAUCUAUCUAAUGUUUGUUGCUCUGUGCAAGAAAUCUGUGUUUAGUGCAGUCUUAGGAGCUGUUAUGGAGGAGACCGAUUCACUACAGAAUUCUGACCAAACUGCCAGUUUAGAAAGUUCCAAGAACUUGUAUUCCCACCCCCUACCCACUCCCCAGUAUUCCUGGGACUUAAAAACCACACUAAACGGCUUAUAUAUUUUCAAUCCCCCCACCCCACGUAAAAACAAAAGGUUUAUGGGAAGAAUUGAAAUCUGAUCAUGUCUGGGGCGAAAAUAGCAUACCACUGUGCCAAUUUAAAUGUCAAGUAAUGUCCUGUUGCUCAUCCUUGCUACUGGGUCAGUUUUGCCACCACCCCCUCCAUAUUUCUUUAUUUUAGUUUUUUUUUUUUUUUUUUUUUUUUUUUUUUGUCUUCCAGUUGCUAUGCAGGUUCGUCUAAAACCAUAGCAAUGGCCCUUUCAAUAGCCUUAUAAGAAUUAUGCAAACACAGAAAUGGAUAACACUGGAAGUUACAUUGUCCAAAAAAAAAAUAAAAAUGGAAAAUCUGUAAUGGU